AUGUCUGCCUUGGAGAGCCUUCCGCCUAAGCUUCUGCUUGAGAUAAUCAAGCAUUUGCCGCCCAGAGCAAUAAUCAACUUAGGUCUCGCAUACAAAGACCUCAAAAAGUUUUUCCAGCAUGAAGAAGUACUUCAAAGCCUCUUCAAGAAAUAUUCGAAACACCUUGACAGCAACAUGGAAGACUAUGUCGCACUGCUGGAAUUUCUGAAACGAGAUCACCCUCACGAGAAGAAAAUAUGUCACCUCUGUCUUCAAUUGCACGAUCUUCCCACAAGGACUGGAGACAGCCAACAACAAGUUGACGAAGGCGCACCUCGAACUCGAACCCUGCAGAGAGCCUCACUCUACCCCUUUCUUUCUUCCCACGGCUCUGUCAUAGAGUCGUCUAACUGGGACAAUGCACCAAAAGACGCAAAACAUUGUCGCAAAUUUGAAUACCAGCUUCCGGAGAUCAACGUCAAAUUCUUAUCAUACCUCACGGCUACGUACCGCUGGGAGGGCGUAGCAUACCAACACGAACCGUCGGACAGUUCCUCCAUAAAGCUACCUUACGAACAUCGAAUUAAACUCGAUCUUCAAUUUUCGCAUCGCCUGAUGAGGGAACAUCCGGAGUUCCCACGCGUGAAGAUGGCAUUGGAGGAGGCAGAUCUGCAUUGUUGCAAGGAUUGUAGCCCUGAGGAAUUGUUUCAAAAGAUCGCUAACGCGUGGAAUACGUAUUUCAAUGAGAGGCAUCGUCGCGUUGAAUUCUGCCUUGAAUCAUGUGGCUGCAACGGGAUUUUCACGGUUGCUGUGGUCGAGGUAAUAAUAAGAAGUGUAGUCAUUACCAUGUCGAGAACGUGGGAGAGUGACGAGUAA